AAAUAAAAUCAAUAAAAAUGUUUUUUUUUUCUCUGAAGAUAGCUAAAAUCAGCACUAAAAUAAAUACUGAGACAUUAUACAUCAUUACACACUGAGACAUUAUACAUUUUGCUAGAGUAUCACUUCAUAAACUUUAAAUAGCUUGAUAUUGUGUGUUCCACAGUAUUUAAUUAUUCCAAAUUCAGUUUCAAAAUUAUGUAAUGAAAUACGAUCUAAAUCGGAUUUAGGAUUAAAGUGUAGCAUUCAAUUUGAGAUUGUGUUUCCCUCUGUGUUCCAACAGAAGGCAGGGUUUUUUGAAUUCAUAACUGUGGCAAUGCGCCGCUGAAGUUUUUGUCCCCCUCCCCUUUUUUAAUAGGGUGUUGCUAAAUGCUAGCUAGGGUGGUUUAAAACGGCUAUGGUUGUGAUUUAAGUAUAUAGCCUUUCCUGAUGUAAUUACCAGAUUAGUGGUUUUAUUCAUUCUAUAGCGCAACUUAUUGCACAAAUGUAUCUCAUUAUGCAAUUUGUUUACGCAUGGUUACGCAUGUGGUUAAUAAAAUUAGCACGCAGCUAAGUAUAGCCUAUCUAGUAACAAAGAAAUAAGAUGGUAAGAUGGUAAGUUGCUUUAAUUGUCUUUUUUUAACUUAACACUGUCUAAUGGCUCUGUAACUGUAUGUGCUAUUGGUCCUUUUGCUGAAGCACAACAGUAGCAUAUAGACUGGAUCAUUCAUUUAAAAAGGGAAAACUGUUUAUUGGACACGACCAAGAUGCAUAAGUGCUGAAAUCACUGCAUUAUUUUGAUGGUCCCAAGAUAUUCACAACAGACAGUGAAAUCCUCUCAAAAACGGUUUACCUUUUUACAAGCAUAUUUCAGAAUUUCUUCUACAAAAUGUGUCAGAUAGAAUAGAAUGAACGUGUGUGUAUUUGAAUAAAGCAGAUCAGAGUGAUCAAAUAGGAAAAGAAAAAUCUGUUUAUUUUGAGUGUGUGAAAUGAGCGACUGGGUGGAAUACUGCAGCGGAGUUGUUCACGGUCCUCGCCACAGGCAGUAUAUCAGGCCUAUAAAAACCAAAGCUGCCUGAUGUAGUAUUUUAUUAUAGUAUUAAACGACCAAAAAAGUUCAAGUAGUUUCUUCCAUAAAUACAAGGGGAUUGUCGCACGGUGGUGUUUAAUACCCUCGUUAAGAAAAAAAUGACUGUUAAUUUCCCAAUAAAGCUGUUCAUUAUCUCAACGUACUCCUAUUACUCCAAGAAGGAAGAGGUUUGCUCCUUGGAGGUUUACAAGUUUAAACACGUGGGGGGUAUAAAAUAUUUUAGGGAAAAAAAAUAACUUUAUAAAGCAGACGUCACUGCCUUAAUCUUUUUUGAAUUCCUGUUUAAAUCGUAAUAAAACAAUUGUUGUCAUAUACAUUUUUUAUUAAGUAAAUAUGAUAAAGCUUCCAUUCAGAUAGAAUGAUGUAGAUCACUUUAUAAUACCACAUCAAUUAAUUUGGAUUUUUUUUUAUCUAACUUAUUAUUGUGGGCCAUUGCACCCCGUAUGCAUUUUAUACAUCAAACGUCAAAAACGUUUCAUAUUUAAUCUGACAUUUUCUCGACUGCUUGUAGAUAUCUGUAGAUAUAUGGACACACUCCCAUUUUGCAUAUUGCAUAAACAAGACAAUUUAUUUAGAUGGGAAAUAUAGAGAGCUCGAGAGGAGGAGAGCUUCGUACAGCCUCUUGGCGGAUUGAUUUACACCCCAUUGACGCUUUAUCAGGCUAGCGAAAAAAGUCUGACCAAUCAGUUCGCUCGGAGCGCACACCAUAGCAGCCCGGCUCUACUUUGUUGGCGAGCGAGUAGAGAGGACUACCGUAAAGAGGGGAGUAAAGCACAUUUAUAUUGUACAUGUUUUCCCUUUAAUGAACAGUACGUUAUAUAAUGUCCGAGAAUGUCCAUUUCUGGAACUCUAAGCAACUACUAUGUCGAUUCUAUCAUAAGUCAUGAGGGAGAAGAUCCGAACGCGUCCCGCUUCUCCAAUGUACAGUACUCCAGCGCUAGACAACCGGGACCCGGCGAGCAUCCCGAGUUCCCCUCUUGUAGCUUCCAGCCUAAGCCUCCAGUGUUCAGUUCGUCAUGGAGUCCAUUCAGUUCCCACGCGUCCAAUGGCUUACCCGCGGUCUACCAUCCCUACAUACCGACGCAGCCAGUGCCUUCAACGGAUACUCGAUACCUCCGCACAUGGCUCGACUGUGCACCGAGAGCAGAGCCGCUACCCGGGCAAGGACAGGUCAAGAUGGAGCCGCUCCUGGGACAUCUCGGGGAACCACCAAAACUCGUCGGGCAGCAUGAGUUUAUCUUGGAGUCCUCUACAGCACGGGAGAUGAAUUCUGGUCACAGCGCCGGAUUUGAAGACAAUAAGGACAUAUGCGAAGGCAGCGAGGACAAAGAGGGACCGGAUCAGAACGACCCAUCUGCCAACUGGUUACACGCCCGAUCAUCCCGGAAGAAACGAUGUCCAUACACGAAAUAUCAGACCUUGGAGCUAGAGAAGGAAUUUCUGUUCAAUAUGUACCUCACGCGAGACCGGAGGCACGAGGUAGCUCGCCUGCUGAACUUGACAGAGCGACAAGUAAAAAUAUGGUUCCAAAACAGAAGGAUGAAAAUGAAGAAAAUGAACAAGGACCAGCCCAAAGAAUGAUAGCACAUAUUGGUGCCAGGCGUUCAAGUCUUCUACAAAGAGUCUUUUAAAUCUGGUAGCUGAUGCAAGAGUGUUUUACUGCAUCAAAAUGAAAACGCACUGCACACACCAUUUUCCGUAUGACUGGACAGUGUUAAGCUAGAGUAUAAGGAAGAGGUGAAACGAUGCAGAGGAGGGGGAAAACGUCGUGCCAUCUCUCCCUACUUUUAUUGCAUUUUAUGACUCGUGUGUGAAAGAAACGAACACUUCGUCAUGAAAUAAACAGGUGAUAAGGAACUGGUUUCAACAAGUUAAGAACAGCUGAAAAUUGUGCUUUUAUAAAGUUGUUCUCUAUAAUUCUGCAUUUUUCAUCAUUCCUUUUGCCAUGGACGUGCGCUGAUCUAUUUUAAAAACAUAAGCCUCAUUCAAUAUACAAGGGAAGUUCUGCUCAUCUGUAAAGCAUGUUCACUUGUUUGUUAAUCGACGUGAGCUCUCUUUUACAUUAUUAUUGUUAUUAUUAUUAUAAGAGGAGAAUAAAACAGCCGUUUGCUCGUUUCGUCUAUAUCGCGAAGCAGUUAUUAAAGCGUACAAAUGCUAACAGGGUUUUAAAAACCUUUGAAGUUUACUAAAUACUUUCCUCUUGACAUUUACGUGUGUGCAAAGAUCUAUGGUAGAUGCAAAUAAUAAAAUCUGUUGGUUGAUUAGAAUUUAAGGAUAAUAAUAAUUUCCAAAUUUGCCCUCAGAUCUUUGGCGUCGUUCUUGAAUCAGUUGGGGUUGAAAUUAAGAAUCAAACUUAAGUAAUUAAACACAAAUGAAUUGAGUUGUUUUAUAUUAUCAUUUUCAAAUAUCUCUAAAUAUUCCUUUUGAGAAUAAGAGUGCAGGUUCCGACUGUAGCCUAUGUAUUUGUAGCGUGCCAGUAACCAUAGAAUUAAUUCGUACUUAAAUGUGUAAUAACCUUUGAUACAGAUUCGGUCGCAGUUGUUUACAUAAAUUUUCGCAUGCCUCGUAUUGUGUAGUUUUCUUAUGUACGUGUUAUUGGAAACGCUAGUAUUAAUUCGAAGUUAUUUUAUGUGCAGUCUGUAGGAUUGUAAUUUUAAUUUAUUGUAAAUAGGUUAAUCGUUUUUUUUCUUUUCAAUGGAAUGUUUUAUAUGUUGUAAAAUUCAUACUUGAAUGAGCUGAUACACGUAACCUUUUAUUUUUUUUUUAUUUUGUUUACACGUUCCUUGUAUGUCCAGAAUCAUGUUCGUUGUAUAUUGUCAGUGAUGCUUUGAUCUGUAUUUGGUCGUCCCUUCCUAUUGCUUUAUUGCUUUAGAGAAAUGUUUUAUGUUUUUGUGUGAUUUGACUUUACUGAAAUCGAGCGAGUCUAUCUUCAACUGUCAAAAACCAACACAGUAAACUCCUUAAAUUGUUAGUGGCCAUUAACUUUAUACUCUUACCAAUUUUCUUUGACGCACGUCUAGUCAGGAACACACACAAGCUUUUUGUGCUAUUUGUUAACGCUUGUUUUCUGGCUUCUGAGCAUUUAUUAAAAGACAUCGCUAUUUUGAAGAACAUGCAAGACCUUCUUUUACUCGCAACACAACGUCUAAAAUGUGUUUUGUUCAGGACUGCUCUGUCUCUUUUUGUGUUCUUGUUUUGUUGUUAAUCUGUGCUAUUGCACUGUUGAUGCUGGACUCAUUAAAAGUUUACAUAUAGACCACA